ACGGAAAGGACAAGCCAUUUUUUGAAAUAGCAUUUUAUCAACGAGCAGAAUACUUAACCCAGUACUGUCUACAGUCUACGUGCUACAAUUCUGCCGCUCAUCUCCUCCUCACAUCAACAUCACAUAUCUGCCACCAUUUGCGCCCCUUAACCAAGUAGUAAUUUUCAAGAUCAGAAAUGGCCGCUCACUCCUGGAACGGGAAGCCUUUGAGCCUGAAAGUCAUCGGCACAAAUGCCGGAACGUCCAUGGAUGGACUGGAUAUCGCCCAUGUCCAUUACACGCAAGACCAUCCCUCCGCACCACUGAAAAUGAAGCUUCUCCACGCUGGAGAAGUCAAGUUUGAUGGUGCUCUAAAAAAGCGCGUCAUGAACCUGAUCAGAACCAACAAAACUUCGCCCGAGGAGAUAGCUAUUGUUAAUAUUCAGUUAGGAGAAUUCGCAGCGAAUGCGAUCCAGCAGUUCGCCAAAGAAGAAGGAUUCGAUCUACAAUCCGAGGUAGAUCUCAUAGCUGGACAAGGGCAGACAAUAUGGCACUUACCUCUACCGGAAAUGUUCGAAGGCGACCAGAUCCGCGCACAUCUUGACAUGGCUGAGAUAUCUAUCAUCGCGGCCAAAACCGGCAUCACAUCCUUGUCUAAUUUUCGUGUAAGUGAUAUGGCGUUAGGAAGGCAGGGCUGUCCCCUCUUCGUACCUUGGGACGCACUUACGGCAACACAUCCCACACUCAAUAGAGCGGUACAAAACAUUGGCGGAAUUGCAAAUAUCACAAUCUUGCCAAAGGGUGAUGUGCGCCAAGGUUAUGAUUUUGAUACUGGACCAGGAAAUGUCUUUAUCGACAGCGCCAUCCGCUAUUUCACGAAAGGCGAGCGUCAGUAUGAUAAAGAUGGCGCCAUGGGAGCCGCCGGAAAGGUGGACCAAGAAAUCGUCGACGAAGUUCUGGCUGGUCCUUAUUUCACCCACGACAUCCCUAAAACCACAGGCAGGGAGACAUUUGGCGAUAACCUCGGCGAAGAGCUCUGUGAACGCAUGCUAGCUAAAGGCGCGAGUCCGGAGGACUGCGUAGCCACUAUUACGCGCAUCACGGCUAAAUCUCUUGCGGAUGGCUAUAAGAGAUGGGGACCGGUAGAUGGGGUCGACGAGAUCUACCUCGGAGGUGGCGGCUCUUAUAAUCCGAACAUUAUCGACUAUCUCCGGCAAGAGUUCCCUGAUACCAAGAUACAGUUUUUGGACGUGUUAGGUGUGCCGUGCGGUAGUAGAGAGGCCAUGAGUUUCUCACUAAAGGGGCUAGAAUGUAUUGUUGGUCGUUCACUUAUUGUCCCAAAACGUGUCGAGUCGGAUAAGCCUGGGAUUAUUGGUCAUAUUCAACCGGGUGCUGGCUUGCAGUACCAUCGUCUCAUGAAGCAUGUGCAGGAUUUCUGGGGCGAUUGGCCUUUGGAGAAGAGAAUGGAUCCGGUGUUGAGUUUACAGGUUGUGACCACCAAGGGGUAGCUACUCACCCCGUAAAUGCAUCUUAUCAAGAGAACAUUAACUUUGAUCAACGAGUUUAGAGCCCAUUAAUUACUACUACUAUAC